AUGGCCGGCGUUAUUUCCGCUGCCAAUAUCGGCGGCGUGGCCGAUCCUCGUCUUGGGCAUGAGGCCGAUAUCAUUGGCACCAAGAAAGAACACGAGGUUGACGUGCACCACGAUAUUGAACCUCCCAACUUGCACGGUCCCGGUAACAUCUACUUGGACUCCAGCAUCACCUUUGAGAACUACCACUACUGGGCCAACCGAUCCCGUGAAGUCGAAAAGGCCAUUCGUACCGACAAUGCCGGCUUCUCGGGACUGGGCAAGCUCCUCCUCAACCGCAAGGGGAAACAGGAAGAACCAGCCGUCGAGCCCACUGAACCUGAGCCUGUCCCCGAGGAAGCCCCCACCGACGAGAAGACACCCGAUGCCAACGCGCCGAGAAGCGAUGAAGGAACGGACAAAUGGGGUGUCAGUGAGACGGAAUGGGAGACAGCACAGAGAGCUGCCCGUACCGCGACCUGGGGAUCAAUCUUCUAUCUGAUCACCACUGAUAUUUUGGGUCCGACCAACGUCCCUUACGCGAUCAGCCGAAUGGGAUACGGCCCUGGUUUUGCACUUUACACUGUCUUCGGUUUGUUGGCCGCCUACUCUGGUCUGCAGUUGUGGCGGAUCUUCGUCGGUCUUGAUUCCACUCGUUUCCCCAUGCGUAACUACGGUGAUGUUGCAUUCCGUGUCUUUGGCCCCUGGGCGCGCAUCGGUGUCAACAUUCUGCAAAGCUUCCAGUUUUUCCUCAACGUUUCGUUGUUGAUUGAGAGCAAUGGUCAAGGUUUGGCACAGAUGGUGGCUGGUGUGAACAACACCGGUGGUUUCCUCUGCUUUAUUGCCGCCGAGGUCAUCUUCAUGGUCAUUGGGUUUGUCCUCGGACAGAUCCGGACCCUGCAGCGCCUGUCCUGGUUGGCCAACCUCGCCAUUUGGGGUAACGUUGUCGUUAUCAUUAUGACUAUGGUCGUUGUCUACAAGUUCCCUCCCAACUACUCUGCCGUGUACACGAGCUACGGUAUUGAGAAGGGCCCAAUCGUCACCAGCGCCAACUGGGCUGCUGGCUACGGCCUCGAGGACCGUAUCACAGCCAUGAUGAAUGCGGUCUUCGCCUACGGUGGUGCUACACUCUUCAACGAGCUGAUGGCAGAGAUGAGACGUCCCAUGGACUUCUGGAAGGGCUUCGUCAUCGCCGAGGUCUUCAUUUACGUUUGCUAUCUGGUCAACGGAAUGAUCGUCUACUCCGCCCAGGGACAAUUUACCUACAACCCUGCCUAUGAGGGAAUUCCCAACACCCCCGGUGCAUACCGUUUCCAGACACUGGGCAACGCCCUCUCCUUUAUCACCGGUGCCAUUGCAGCUCUGCUGUAUGGAAACAUCGGUAUCAAGGUGUUUUACUCCUCCGUGAUGCGUGAUCUCUUCCAUUUCCCCGCACUGGACAGCAAGGUCGGCAAAUGGAUUUGGGUUGCCGUUGUGCCCAUCUACUGGAUCCUCGCCUGGAUCGUUGCUGCCGCUAUUCCCCAGAUUAGCAACCUGACCUCAUUCGUCGGUGCCGCCUGUAUCCUGCAAUUUUCCUACACCUUCCCGCCCCUCCUCCUGGUCGGCUACCAUGUUCAAAAGGACGCCAUGCUUCCCGAAGAGGAGUUCAACCCACGCACUGGAGUGGCCCAACGUGUGGAUCACGGUGUGAAGCGCUGGAUCCGUGGUUACAAGAAAAAAUUCUGGUGGAACACCUUUGACCUGAUUUAUGCGCUUGCUGCUCUGGCUACGGCUGGUCUUGGAAUCUGGGCAUCUGUUGUUUCGAUGAAUUCCACUUUCAAGACUACUAAGCUGACUCCUUUCUCCUGCACUAACCCUGCUGGUUAA